AUGCCAUGAAUUCAAUAUUUUCUUCCGACAUAACACCCGAGACAAUAGCAAAAUUAGAAAGAGAACAAUCUCAAAUUCAAGAGAAAAAGGAUGAACUUCCUAAAUUAGAGUUUGAACUAUCAAAGUUAGAGAUGUAUGCUGAUGCUUGCGUAAAAGUAUUACCGAUAAUGAAACAAGAAUGGUCGAGUUACGAAAAUAUUACAAAAGAAAUUCAACAGAAAGCCAAAGUUGCACGUUCCAUUCGUAUUAAAGCCGAUGAAGCCAAAUCUAUAUUGGAAAGUAAAAAAGAAGAAUUAGAUGAGAUCAAGGAAGAAUUUGAUGAAAAAACCGAAAUUAUUAAUAAGAUUAGAAUAAUUAAG